GAGACAACGGGUAAAGAUAUCCCGUAAGACUUUGGACGGAGAGAUCUGUGCCGUCUGGAUCCUAAAAUACCCAGCGGUGAGAUAGAGUGCGUGCGCGUAUGAGUGAAUCCUUCUCCUCGUUCGAUGAGGAGAAGUGUAUGCUUUCUCCUUUUUGUCCAUUCGAUAGGCUAAGGCCAAUGGGUGUCUAGUUUCUUUGUUUAUUCCUUUGAUGCACACAUGUCGUGUUUGUUUGGUUGAUGAUCCUGAGAUGAAGUGUUUCGUUUCGAUAGGAAACCUUGGUAUUCUGAAUUGGAGUGGGAAGCCAUCUAUCCUGAUAUAUAUAUAUUAAAAAAAAAAGCCAUCUAUUUUUAAGAGAUCAUCAUCAAUACAUUAUCAACGGUGCAUCGGUUACAACUAACGGAGUUAUAAAUGCGGAAUCGUCUUCGAAUCCGGAUCGAUCGAGCACAAUGUUCAACAUUAGCAACAAUCUUCUCGGAAUCCUCAACUUCUUCACCUUCCUCCUCUCCAUCCCCAUCCUCUCCGUUGGGAUCUGGCUCGGCAAGAAUGCCGCCACCGAGUGCGAGGGCUUCCUCGACAAGCCCAUCCUCCUCCUCGGUCUCUUCCUCAUGGCCGUCUCCAUCGCCGGCCUCUUCGGCGCCUGCUGCCGCGUCUCCUGCCUCCUCUGGCUCUACCUCCUCGCCAUGUUCGUCCUCAUUCUCAUCGGCUUCUGCUUCACCAUCUUCGCCUUCGCCGUCACCAACCGCGGCGCCGGCCAGGUUUUGUCCGACAGAGGCUACAGGGAAUACAGGCUCGGCGAUUACUCCGGCUGGCUCCGGAAGCGCGUUACCGAUCCCAAUAACUGGAACCGAAUCCGGAGCUGCUUGAUUUACUCCAAUGUCUGCUCGGUUUUCCACGGCCGCUACGCCGGCGACUCCAUGGAUGAGUUCUACAAGGCCAACCUCAACGCUCUUCAGUCUGGAUGCUGUAAGCCAUCCAACGACUGCGCCUUCAGCUAUGUGAGCCCGACCAAUUGGACCAAGACACCUGGUCCCUACACCAAUGAGGACUGUGACCUGUGGGACAACAAAGCAGACGCGCUGUGCUAUGACUGCCAAGCCUGCAAGGCCGGUCUGCUCGACAACAUCAAGAACUCCUGGAAAAAAGUCGCACAGGUCAACAUCGUCUUCCUCAUCUUCCUCAUCGUUGUCUACUCUAUCGGUUGCUGUGCCUUCAGGAACAACCGAAGAAGCAGUUGGAGGCGUUAUUAGAGAGAAAUUAUAAGAGUUCGGCUCCAGAUUUUGAGAGCAAGAAGACCCACAGAUCGCAGAAGUAAACAUCAACCGCAUUAGCUGUGAGGGUUGUUGUUCGGCUUGUCUUCAUCUCCAUCCUUCAGGCUGCAGGCACUGUCUGUGUAUUCUCUUCCCCUGUGUGCAUUAGAGACCUGAUGCUUCUUCUUUUUGUUGCCAAUCUUUUGAAUUGUAGAGCAGUUUGAAUAUGUCUUGGAAAAAGGAAGAGGAAGGUGUGACAAAACAGUCGUUUUUUCUUUGCCAUUUCCAUUCUCGAUCUCUGUAACGAACUGGAUCUAGUGUUUUUGUGUGAGAAACACACACCAUGCUUGCACAAAGAAGGAUAUCGCCACUGUUAUCCCCUGUU